UGAUUGUGCAAACUGACACUUUGCCCAAGAAAUCUGCUGAUAAAUAUACGCUAGUCUAUAAUACUUACAAAAAAUGGAAACAAAAAAAUAAAAGUGCUUUAUCUGAUUCUGAGGAAAAUAAUUUAAUUGUUUAAUUCAAAAGUCUAUCCACAAGAUUGUGUCCGUCUACUUUGUGGAGUGUUAAUUCUAUGUUAAAAUCGACGCUGAAUGCCAGAGAUAAUAUUGAUAUCAGUAAGUUUUAUAAAUUAAAGGGUCUAGUUAAAAAUAACGCCAAAGGUCAUAAGCCUAAGAAAUCUGCUGUCUUGACGUGGGACGAGGUUAUGUCAUUCAUAAAUAAUGCACCGGACUACACUCAUUUAGCCAAUAAAGUUGUGUUAAUCUUUGGCAUUUGUGGAGCUACCAGAUGCGAUGAAUUAAAAGAACUUCAAGUUGCUGAUAUUGAAGAAAUUGGCGGUAAAUACCUCGUUCCUAUCAACGAUUCAAAGAAUGGUCUACCUCGUAAAUUUUUAGUCGGACAACUUUUUUAUGAAAAAGUGAAAAAAUAUAUUUCAUUAAGGCCUUCAGAUUUUGGGAUUGAGAGAUUUUUCGUGCAAUUUUCAAACGGUAAAUGCUGCCGACAAGUAAUUGGGAGAAAUAAAAUAGGUCAAAUCCCAAAAAUUAUUGCUGAGUAUUUGAAGUUGACUAAUCCAUAGAAUUACACAUAACAGGACACUGCUUACGCAGGACAUCAGCUACAUUGAUAUCAAACUCUGGAGCAAAUGUAACAAUGUUGAAACAAUUAGGAGGAUGGAAAUCAGCUAAUAUAGCAGAAGGUUAUAUUGAGAACUCCUUGCUGAAUAGGCAGAAAAUCUUUGAUAAAAUCACACAUACAGUUAAAGUUGCUCUUCCGUCAGAUACAAAUCCGCAAACAUCUACAAGUGAAACUAAUUCUACUAAAACAGGAAGUUCAGUUCAAAAUCAUGAAUCUAUAUCAACAGAAACCGAUUGUGAUAAUUCGUUUGAUAACUUUUGCUUAGAUGAUGACACUUUGGCGGCAAUUGACAACUCAUUUGGAUCAGAAAAACCAGUAUCAUUAUUACCUUCCUUUACCUCGGCAAACAAUGAAAAAAUAAUCAUAAAUUCUGACGUUGAAACAGCUGAACCUUGUCAUUUUUUAAAAAAACCACCGAUCUCGGUUUUUUCUCAUGACAAAGAAAAUCAACCUCCAGAGAAAAAAAUGAGGGUCGAGCAAAUACGUAAUGCAAAUAGUAAUGUAAAAUCAGCAUCAACAUCAACUAAUUUUGUAACAAGUCAACAAAAAUUUAAAUCUAUAGAAGCGUUAUCAAGCAAAAAUCCAAACAUACGAUACGACAACUGUACAUUUCACGGAAAUAUAAUUAAUAACUUUUAUUUUUCUGAUGAUAAACUUCCUGAGCAAAAUAUAUAAUUUACUAU